AUGCGUUACUCAACCACCGCGAUUGUUUUGGCUGCCAUGUCCAUUGGCGAAGCUGUAGCUGGACCUACUCACGUCCACCGACACCGACAUGAGAAGAAGUCCGCCAACGUUGAUUGGGAGGCAUUGGACUGGGCCGACAUGGGCAUCAAUUGGUCAUCCGCUUAUGAAGCAGGCCUCGCCGUCAAGACUGCUGCUAAUGCUGCCGCCUCCGCCGGCUCUAACUCUCUUCUCGACGCUAUGGCCGAUCUCGAAGGAAACCAGGUCGCCGCACAGACUACUUCCGCACCAUCAGCUGCCAGUACCACUGCCGCCAGCUCCUCUUUCAAGACAAGCGUUUCAUCUUCCAGCAGCUCCUCGUCCAGCAGCAGCUCUUCAUCUAGGACAAGCACCUCCGCUCCUUCCGCUACCCCAACUUCGUCUCUCCUCGACGACUUUGAAAAUUCCAUUGAAGAACUCUUCGAUGGAUUGGUUGGAGCUUCUAACCACCGCACAAGUUUCGGAGGAGUUGUAGCUGCUGCUGGAGGAACCACCGAUUUCUACUACGGAAACUAUGGUAGUCCAUAUGGAGCCAAUGUGAUCAAGGCCGAUCCAUCGGCAAGCUACUCCUACACUGCCAAGUUUGUUAACACACAAAGUUUCAACAUAACCGUUAAUCUUUGGAACAAAGUCGGUGCUGACUUGCAACCGCUCUCCGGGUCUGCGCUUGCACCAAGAAACACCACGCUCACCAUCGUCAUCCCAGCUGGUGGUUCUCAAACCGUGGCUUUUGAUGAGGACUCGCAAGUCGCUUGGGCUCAGGCCUGCAGUAAAACCACCGCAUCAGGUGCCUAUGACACCACAUGGGGUGAGGCCCAAUUUUUGAAGACCGGUUCUGGAUACGACAUGUCUGCCAUCAUGAACUCAGCUGGCAACAACUACAACAUGACCAUCACCAGUGAGGAGGCUCCUCUGUGCACUAGUGACCCGACCCAAAACUAUUGGUUAACUGCCACUGAGCCAAUCGGUAACAGUGAUGGCAGCUGCUACAUUUCACAAAGCACUGCCCACUUGACAGUUAUCAUGGGCGGAACCAUGUAA